AUGGCCACGCCUGACAAGGUGCAAGCAUUUAUUUCCAGAUUUCAAUGGAAUCAACUGCCCAACAUUUCAGAAUCUGAGCUGAAAGAGAUCUGUGACUUGCGAAUUGAAGAAUUGCCAGAAGAUGUCGUAACCGAUGUGGUGCUCAAUCUUUCCUACCUUGCGCUGAACGAAAAUGGCAUUGGGAAGCUCUCCCUCAGGACAAUUGAUAGACUAAUCAACAAGGAUGAAUCUUCGAGAGAUCAGAUUGUCGAUUCGCUCAUUGACAGCGUUCAACCACUGCUCUUACGUACAGAGGUUCAGAGGGACGUCAAGAGACCUGGAUUGAGGCCUAGCACCGGGUUCUCCUUCAAAUCAGAUGAAAGCCGAAGAAAGUGGAAGCAGAACGGCGAAGCGAAGAGUAUACCACUGUUUUACGUUAUUCUUCUACAUCUACGCCAUCGCCAACUGUCGGGAAAUCUAUGGUGGAUAACACCAGGGAUUUUAAAUCUCCUGGACGAUACAAGCGACCUCGUGGGGAUAAAGUUAAAAGGAGUUCUUCUUUUGAAGACCUUCUUGGAGAGCGUUUUCCAAGAUGAGAAGCAUUGGAUAUCAUUUGAAGACACUGGGCUAUUCAAAUUAUAUGAGCCUAUUCUGAAGAAUAUGUGCUAUUACAUGCCUCCGGUACACUCUGCGGAAGAGUGUAUAAGGGUGUGGAAAGAAGUGUUUCCUACUCUAGAUGCUCUGUAUCUGCUACAAUUCAAGGGAAAACCAGCAGAAUACCGAAGACGCCUGGGUGACUUUAUGUCUGAAUUAAUUCUCCAGCAAGUGAUGCCAAGGAUCAACAUGACAAGCGAAACAUUGACUAUUUUUGUACUCGAAACUUUGAAGGAUCAAUUACAAAAGCUGGGAGAGACCACGCUUUACUACUUAUCGCGAGUCAUCUACACACUGGGAGAGUAUCUCGUCAGAGAUCCCUUUGUAACAUCGUUUGAAGAUAUUCUCGAUAGAAUCAUUGCUUGUUUGGAAGUGCUCUUGUCCGUCUGUCCUUCGGAUAGAGUGGUGGCUCACAAGUAUGACUUCCUGGCUCUCAUUGCGAUACUGUUGCACAAAUGCAAGCAAGAGGGUAAACUAACAGUCCCAUUGGCCGGCAAGCUUAGAGAGCUAGUUCGGGCUCUGGAGGAGAAGGGUUGCGAUUUCACAGAUGAUAAGCUAGAACUCACCAGGGUUAAAGACGUGGGAGAAUUAUUCAGUCGGGACUAA